AUGGCUGGCUGCCGCGGUGAUGGAUGCGGAUUUACGGCCUUCUCGUUGGUGGCGUGCGGGCGCGAUUAUCACUCCAAACAGGCGGCCGCGGAGGGCGGGGGCGGGGGCCCGAGGUCUGACGCGCAGUGGGCCCCACGCGGGAACCCAAGUGCGCACUGGAGUGGGGAGGGCCUCCGGAGUGAAACGUCAGACCUGGGGGCCGAGCGAGGACCCGCGGCGUCACCCGGACUCAGGGCAGCUGCGCCAGGGACCGGGCGGGAGGGAGUAGCGAGAAGGCCGCCAGGCCCAGGGCGCCUCUACAUAGUUCUGCCCCCUUCGGGGGCCAGCGAGGACCGCGCGCCCCGUGGACACUGCGUAGGCAUGCGGCCCUCUGCGGGGGCGGCUCAAAUGCAAAUUGGGAAACUGGCUGGAGUGGCUCGGAAGGAGGGUCUCCGUAGGGAAACUACCCACCCCCAGGAUAGUGCAGAUCGCAGGUCCCCAGCCAGCUGCCGCGGAAGGACCAGGCUGGCAAGCCAGCGAGCAGAGGCAUCUGAGAGAGCGAGGGCAGCUCGCGAGCGGGCGGGAGGGGUCGCCGCAGUGCCCCCGGCGCCCGCCGCAAUCUGCCGCUGCAGCCUCCGCCUGCGGCCGCCCAGACUUUAUCCGCCUGCCGCGUGGGGACUGCCCAGCCUAGAUUGCGGUGCUCCCAAGGAAAUGAAUAAACAACCAGACGUCAGCUUGGAAGCAGCGGCGGCACCGGGUCACCCCGAGGGCCUGUGCGCGCCAAGGACGAGCCCGGAGCAGGAGCUACCCGCGGCUGCCGCGCCGCCGCCCCGUGUGCCCACGUCCGCUUCCACCGGCGCCCAAACUUUCCAGUCUCCGGACGCGCGAGCCUGCGAGGCCGAGCGACUGGGAAUGGGGGCUUGCAAACUCAGUAGCACGCGGGCGCCAGCGUCCUCCGCGGCUCUGCGGGACUUGAGCGAGGCGCACAGCGCACAGGUCGCCCCUCCGGCUGGGGGAGCCGGGCCCGGCAACGCGCUGCACUGUAAGAUCCCGGCCCUGCGCUGCCCGGAGGGGGAUGCGAACGUGAGUGUGGGCAAGGGUACCCUGGAGCGGAACAAUACCCCGGCCGUGGGCUGGGUGAACAUGAGCCGGAGCACCGUGGUGCUGGGCACGGAUGGAAUCACGUCUGUACUCCCAGGCAGCGUGGCCAGCGCUGCCGUCCAGGAGGACGAACAAGGGGAUGAGAAUAAGGCCCGAGGGAACUGGUCCAGCAAACUGGACUUCAUCCUGUCCAUGGUGGGGUACGCAGUGGGGCUGGGCAAUGUCUGGAGGUUUCCCUACCUGGCCUUCCAGAACGGGGGAGGUGCUUUCCUCAUCCCCUACUUGAUGAUGCUGGCCCUGGCUGGGCUGCCCAUCUUCUUCCUAGAGGUGUCGCUGGGCCAGUUUGCCAGCCAGGGACCAGUGUCUGUGUGGAAGGCCAUCCCAGCUCUACAAGGCUGUGGCAUCGCGAUGCUGAUCAUCUCUGUCCUAAUAGCCAUAUACUACAAUGUGAUUAUUUGCUACACACUUUUCUACUUGUUUGCCUCCUUUGUGUCUGUGCUGCCUUGGGCCUCCUGUAACAACCCUUGGAACACACCAGAAUGCAAAGAUAAAACCAAACUUUUAUUAGAUUCCUGUGUCAUCAGUGACCACCCCAAAAUACAGAUCAAGAACUCGACUUUCUGCAUGACUGCCUACCCCAACUUGACAAUGGUUAACUUCACCAGCCAGGCUAAUAAGACGUUUGUCAGUGGGAGUGAAGAGUAUUUCAAGUACUUUGUGCUGAAGAUUUCUGCAGGGAUCGAAUAUCCUGGCGAGAUCAGGUGGCCACUGGCCUUCUGCCUCUUCCUGGCUUGGGUCAUUGUGUACGCAUCCCUGGCUAAAGGAAUCAAGAGUUCAGGAAAAGUGGUGUACUUCACGGCCACGUUCCCCUAUGUUGUGCUGGUGAUCCUCCUCAUCCGAGGAGUCACCCUGCCCGGAGCUGGAGCUGGGAUCUGGUACUUCAUCACACCCAAGUGGGAGAAGCUCACGGAUGCCACGGUGUGGAAAGAUGCUGCCACUCAGAUUUUCUUCUCUUUAUCUGCUGCAUGGGGAGGCCUGAUCACUCUCUCUUCCUAUAACAAAUUCCACAACAACUGCUACAGGGACACCCUAAUUGUAACCUGCACCAACAGUGCCACGAGCAUCUUUGCCGGCUUUGUCAUCUUCUCUGUUAUCGGCUUCAUGGCCAAUGAACGCAAAGUCAAUAUUGAAAACGUGGCGGACCAAGGGCCAGGCAUCGCAUUUGUGGUUUACCCGGAAGCCUUAACCAGGCUGCCCCUCUCUCCAUUCUGGGCCAUCAUCUUCUUCCUGAUGCUCCUUACUCUUGGACUUGACACCAUGUUUGCCACCAUCGAGACCAUCGUGACCUCCAUCUCGGAUGAGUUCCCCAAGUAUCUGCGCACACACAAGCCAGUCUUUACUCUGGGCUGCUGCAUUUGUUUCUUCAUCUUCGGCUUUCCAAUGAUCACUCAGGGUGGAAUUUACAUGUUUCAGCUUGUGGACACAUAUGCUGCCUCCUAUGCCCUUGUCAUCAUUGCAAUUUUUGAGCUCGUGGGGAUCUCCUAUGUGUACGGCUUGCAAAGAUUCUGUGAAGAUAUAGAGAUGAUGAUUGGAUUCCAGCCAAACAUUUUCUGGAAAGUCUGCUGGGCAUUUGUUACCCCAACCAUUUUAACCUUCAUCCUCUGCUUCAGCUUUUACCAGUGGGAGCCAAUGACCUAUGGCUCUUACCGCUACCCCAACUGGUCCAUGGUACUUGGAUGGCUAAUGCUCGCCUGUUCCGUUAUCUGGAUCCCAGUUAUGUUUGUGAUAAAAAUGUAUCUGGCCCCUGGCAGAUUUAUUGAGAGGCUGAAGUUGGUGUGCUCGCCGCAGCCUGAUUGGGGCCCAUUCUUAGCGCAACACCGUGGGGAGCGUUACAAGAACAUGAUUGACCCCUUGGGAACCUCUUCCCUGGGACUCAAACUGCCAGUGAGGGAUUUGGAACUGGGCACCCAAUGCUAGUCUGAUGGCGUGGGACGGUCCAGACUUGAUCCUGGUUUUCCUAUCUGCCUCCUCCUAACAUGUUUCCCAGCUUCCCUCCCAUUUUUCUUCUUCUUUAUUCCCACAUUUUGGUUCACAUCUGUGCAUGAGAGAGGUUACAUAGAAACCUAGGACAUGGUACCUCAUGUUGUAGUGAAGAGCUAGACAGACCACUUGAAGUGCUGUGUGCCUGUCUCUGUGAUGUCAGUUUCUUGUCGGGUUGGUCCCCUGAGCACGUGCUUUCUAUGGCAAGGGUGCAUCAACUAGGUGAGGCCUUUGCAGUGAAGUCACACAUAGGUAUGGGUGGUUUGUGGUUUGGUCAGCAGAGAAAUAGCCACUGUGUGUUGUCAUUGGGUGGUGCUGGUAGGACAUGUAUCAACCAACCGUUGCCACUGAGUUGACUCCAACUCAUGGUGACCUCAUGUGUGCCCUAUAGGGUUUUCAGUGGCUGAUUUUUUGGAAGUAGAUCACCAGGCUUUCUUCUAAGGCACUUCUGGGUGAACUUGAACUUUCAACCUUUCAGUUGGCAGUUGAGCAUUGUUAAUGGUUGGCACCACCCAGAGACUCCAAGGCAUGUAUAUAGAAUAGCAGAAUUAUAAAACCAUUAAUUUGGAUUUGUCAGCCUUGUAGAGUUAGACUGAGCAAUAUAAUGGCCUCAUUGAGACUCAAAGCAUUCAGGACAGGGAAUAUUUAGAAGUUCGGCUAUGGUUAGAAAAUGUUUUAGAUGGAAGACAAGGCCAAUAGAUGUGGACACCGUUGGAGUAGUUACAUUCACAACUGGAGAUCUAUUCUUCAUUUGGACCAGCUGUCUCAAGUGCACCAAGGACUCAGAUGCUUCCCUCUCUGCACUCUGCAAGUCUGAGUGAAGAGUUGCUUCUCUUCCUCCACUCGUCAUCUUUUCUUUCCUUUUUAUGAAUAAUCACACUUGUGAGUUCUUUUGAUCGUUUCCCCCACCUCUACACAAGAAGCCAUCGUAUAAUUGUGCCUAAUUUUAUGUGUUCACAGUAGAGCUCCAUUCUCAUUUGUACAUGGCAUUUGGCACUGUGGUUCAAUGUCAUGAUCCCAUCUUUCUUCUCUUGUAAAUGUCUUUCUGUAAGCUGUAGAUUCCUUGUCUUUCAACCUUUGGGAAAACAAGAUUUACUCUGGUUCUGUCUAUAUAUCAUAUAUAUAGGACACAAACUCUUAAAAGACAGAUAACUUCUCAAUUUUUACUCUUAAUUUUUUCAUUUACAGUAAAUGCCAGCUGUGGUCAUAGAGAAAUCAAAGAAAUGGAGAGUUUAAUAAAAAGCAGCCAUAAUAGUCACUGCUCUGGUAGUCCAUUUUAGGUCAUUGUAUUUACAGAAAUUUAUGAUAAAACUGCUUAGGUAAGUAGCCAGUGAGCCAAUUAAGACUAUAGCUUUUAAGACUAUAUUUAACCAAUUCAAUUUUAAAAGAAUUCCCUAUUCGCAGUACUCAUUGUAACUGCACUCUAAUGAGAACGAAUCUCCAUGUCUGUGGAGAUUGGCUAAGCUGUAACCUUUAUUAUUUUCUUGUAUCCUGAACGUGCAUAUAUGAAAAUUUAAAAACGUGCUCUGUGUUCACGUAGUGUAUACUUGUAGUGGUAUUUUCUGUCCUUAUUAAUACCUUAUGAACCACUGUAGAGACAGUGAGUUUAGAAUAGUGUAGUCUGAGGUUUUUUGUUUUUUUUUUUCCUUGUGGUAAUAAUAUCUAAACCUAAAAUUCUUUCCUUUAGGGGAGACCAUGUCAAUCUUUUUUUAUUUAUUUGUCUUCAUAUUACAGGGUCUCAGGCAACAUUUUCAGUUCAGAUCUUGUCUAUUGAUGUGAUAUUUUCAUCCUGUUCAGCAACAACGACCCCUAACGAUAGACCUUAAUGUAAACAUUUUUUUAAGAAAUGACUUCAUUUGUUAAAAAAAAAAGUCUCAACUCAUUUUACUGAGUUCUUCCUUUUCUAGGGAAAUAUGGCUGUCAUUUGCCAACACUGACAUGAACUUCCAAUUUUCAAGAGCAGUCUGUGAAAAGUUUUAGAAAGGGAAACAAAGAUGGGUUUUAAAUUUUAGGUUUUCAUGUCUUUUGUCUGUGGUGUAUGUCUGUACUUCCUCCUCCUUGUUCUUACUUCCUGUCUGUCUCCCGAAGCUAGAAUUUGCUGUCUGUCACAGAGUCUGAACCCUGAGCUGCCCUGAGAGACUUAGCUUUGGGAAGCUGAGCUGUGGCCUCAACUGCCCCAGUGUCUCCUAUAGUGACUUGUCUGCCAUUAACACUGAUUUCCGCAAGAGAGCCAUAUUGACGAGAAGCCCUCAUGUCUGUAGCAGAUGUCACAUAGUGGCACCAAAACUUAGCCUCUCCAACUGAUAUCUGGUGGGGCGAGAGAGGCGGGGAGGAAUGCUUUAGGCCUGGACAUUUUCUGUAGCCUUUCUGGUUUGAAGUUUGAAGAAAAGAGCUUAAAUCAAUUAGCAUUCUCUCAUGGGACUGCUAUGUUUGUGUCAGGACGAAUGGUUUCUGGCUUUCCUGUCUCGCCUCUUGGCUAAAACUUGAGUCUGAUGCUGGACACCAAUCCAGCUUCCGCUGAUUAUUGCUGUUGUGAUUAAAAGAAGGAAAAAACAAAAACAAAUCCACGGAUGCUGCGGGGUUUGUUUUGUAGAAACUGAAAGUUUAUUUAAUGGUGGGGAUGGAGCCCUCUUCGCUAGCUAGUCUGUUUUGCGGCUGGCAGCAGCAACAUUUCUGUUAAUUAGGAUUUGUCCAGUGAAGACCCGGUACUGCUCACUGAGUGGCUGGUCUUCUUCUUGUUAUUGUUUUCUCCUUUUUCCCUACAGUUGCCAAGUAUUAGGUAAAAGUUGCUAAAAGGGACACGCUCAGGUGAAAGUUCUGAACUUACCAGAAACUGUUACCUUAGUUUCUCCACAUCUAGAGUCACGUCCAAUGUGGAGGUGUCCCUGGCAGGGCUGCGCUGGGUCUUUGCUCGUCCACUCUGCUGCACCUCCCGUGGACCCGGCUGGAAUGCUAAGAGCUCAGAUGCACACAACCAAAUGGAUGUUUCUUUGCUAUUAAAACACGUAGUCAAUUGGCGGAAGAAAAAUGAAUGAGUAAAAAUAAAACGAGCAGUAUUGUCAUAAACUGCCACCUGAGAGUUUCCAUUCAAACUAAGGAGGAAAAAAAAAAAAGAACAAAACCCCGAGUUGCAGAGGAAAGACUCAUUGGUUCAUCUUGCGGAAGAACGGAGCAUUUUCCACUUGUGCGGUGAUUUCAGUAACACGAACGAAUGCCAGAAACCCAGUCAGAGAAAAAGAAAAAAAAAAAAAAAAAGCCAUAUGUCAAAAACAGUAACCCUGUAAUAUCCUUAAAGGAGAAAAAAAAAAUGUAUAUUUAUUAACUUUUGGUGUUGUGGCUUCUUAUAAAUGUUUGUCAUGCGAAUUACUAAUUGUUAAUCUCUUUAAGGUGGUGUUUAUCCUAUACAAAUGUGUCAAAUUGUGGUCUUUUUCUUUUUUCUUCUUAUUUAUUGCAUGAAAUCUGUGGUCAGUGCACAAUCUCACAUGACCCCAAUUUCUUUGAAAUUUCUAUGUUUUUAAUAUGGAAGCAAUGUCAUCAACUUGUAUUUCCGGGAGGAACAGCAGCACUUUAAAAAGAGGAGUUUAACAGAGCCACCUUUAAAUGGAUAAGACUUGGGUUGUCUUUAUGCCAAUGUUUCAUUGGAGUUGAGUUUUCCUGUAGUGAUGUUCCUAUUCUGUUAUCUACGCGUGCCUCAGUGCUUCCUGCCUGUCUUCACCUGGCAGCAUGGCUUUGCCAUGCCGAAAAUUAAGAGUUUUCUUUCCUCUUUGUUCCUUUGACUAUCGGUCAUUGUCCUCUUCCCAGAGACUUGCACAACUGUUGCUCAUUGAAUGCAUGAUGGCAAGAUCAUACUGCUGCUAUGGCAUCUGGAUUUGAGUUUGCGACAUGGGUCUUUGAGGUAGAUGACUUGAGUGAGGGUACCCUGCCUGGCACGAUGUCUUGCAGGGACAAAGGACCAAGGCCAGCCAAUGAGCAUUUUCCCUGUUUUGCACUGGGGUAUCAUGCAAGAAAUUUCCAGGCUGAGGGUAAAGGUUUGAGAGAUUUAGUUUUGAUACUUACUUCUCCACGAAAUGGCCACCCCAGGAUCUGUGAAAGCAAAAGCUUCCUGCGUUUCCCAGGUUUUGCUUCAACUGUCCAGAAAGGCCAAGUAUUUUUGAAAUGUGGUCUCUGCUCGGGUCACCUCUGAGCAACCUGCAGCCAAAGAGAAAGUGUUUUUCAGAUUUGAUGUUCAUCACCUCCAAAACCCAAGCAGUGGUUUGAUUUGCCGUGGAUUCAAUACAUCUUCAGGUAACCAUUUGCCUUAUAGGUGUAUUCUGUUGUUAGGAUGGUGCUUUGUAAUGGACUCGGAAAUGUUGUUUUUUGUUUUGUCACUUUUGUUUUUUCUCUUUUUUUGCACUUUACUAUGGACCUACUGUGGAAUAGGUUAAUUCUUAAAUUGUAUACUCGGCUAAUGUCAUGAAUGCAAGCAUCUUAUGUGGGUACUGUUGCCUCUGAAUAAAGAUAUGCUCCCUAAUCAGGUCCUUAUAUUUUUUCAUUAACUAUACAUAAAGAAAAUAUACUAUGUUACAAACGAUGCGUCAUAUGUAUCUUAUAGAGAACGUAUUAUAUAUUGUGCAUUAUUCAUUUAAGAAACCAUUAUUCUUGAGGCCCUACCUCAAAUUUUGUAUUUGUGUGUACAAAUGCAAUUUAUUGUAUUAUAUAUUUGCCUAUCAUAUACUGAUAUAAAUUAGAAUUUAUCCUAAUAAUGUAUGAUUUCACAAAACCCUAAAUAAAUGUCAGUGUU